GAGCCGGUGGAGGGGCGGCGAAAGGGCAAGAGGGCAGAGGACGGACGGUAGCCCGAGAGAGGCUCGGAGGCCUCGGCUGGCUCUCCGCACUAACGCUCUUGUGUUGGUUCCACAACCCCUGGCUGCGCGAGGCUAGGGUUUAUUAGAGUCAGUUGUGGUGUUCAGAGGGGCAGCAAUCAGUUCUCCGAAUCCAGAGAUUGAGUACUUGUCGUCAGUAUCGGUACUCAGGGCUUGGUUUAGGUAGCAGUCGCCAUCAUGCUCAAAGCUGUGAUUCUGAUUGGAGGCCCUCAAAAGGGGACUCGCUUCAGGCCUUUGUCAUUUGAGGUGCCCAAACCACUGUUUCCUGUGGCGGGGGUCCCUAUGAUCCAGCACCACAUUGAGGCUUGUGCCCAGGUCCCUGAGAUGCAGGAGAUUCUGCUUAUUGGCUUCUACCAACCUGAUGAGCCCCUUACCCGGUUCCUAGAAGCUGCCCAGCAGGAGUUUAAUCUUCCGAUCAGGUACCUGCAAGAAUUUGCCCCCCUGGGCACAGGGGGUGGUCUCUACCAUUUCCGGGACCAAAUUCUGGCUGGAGGCCCCGAAGCCUUUUUCGUGCUCAACGCUGACGUCUGCUCCGACUUCCCCUUGAGCACUAUGUUGGAUGUCCACAGACACCAGCCUCACCCGUUCUUGCUCCUUGGCACCACGGCUAACAGGACACAAUCCCUCAACUACGGCUGCAUCGUAGAGAAUCCACAGACGCAUGAGGUCCUGCACUACGUGGAGAAACCCAGCACUUUUGUCAGUGACAUCAUCAACUGUGGCAUCUAUCUCUUUUCCCCGGAAGCCCUGAAGCCCCUUCGGGAUGUCUUCCAGCGUAAUCAGCAGGAUGGGCAACUGGAGGACUCGUCAGGCUUGUGGCCUGGGGCAGGUACCAUCCGCCUGGAGCAGGAUGUGUUCUCCGCCCUGGCCGGGCAGGGCCAGAUCUAUGUGCACCUCACUGAUGGUAUCUGGAGUCAGAUCAAGUCUGCAGGCUCAGCCCUCUAUGCCUCCCGCCUCUAUCUGAGCCAGUACCAGCUCACUCACCCAGAACGCCUGGCCAAGCACACCCCAGGGGGUCCACGGAUUCGAGAUCCAGAGGUGAAGUCUCAAUCCCUGCCCUCCCUGAACCAGAUGUGGUUUGGGGUAUUUGCCCCCAGGUCCUCUCUUCUGCUUCUAGGAAACGUUUACAUCCACCCAACAGCCAAGGUGGCCCCAUCUGCUGUGCUGGGCCCCAACGUCUCCAUCGGGGAGGGGGUGACCGUAGGCGAGGGUGUGCGGCUCCGAGAGAGCAUCGUCCUCCAUGGAGCCACACUGCAGGAGCACACGUGUGUUCUGCACAGCAUCGUGGGCUGGGGGAGCACCGUGGGGCGCUGGGCCCGCGUGGAGGGUACCCCCAAUGACCCCAAUCCCAACGACCCCCGAGCCCACAUGGACAGCGAGAGCCUAUUCAAGGAUGGGAAGCUGCUCCCUGCCAUCACCAUCCUAGGCUGUCGUGUCCGGAUCCCUGCCGAGGUGCUCAUACUGAACUCGAUUGUUCUGCCACACAAGGAGCUGAGCCGCAGCUUCACCAACCAGAUCAUCCUCUGAGGGGGGCUGCCUGAAGUUCCCCCCAACUCUGAUCCGCUCCCCUUGAGGCUCCUGCCUGCAUGGCCAGCCUCUGUCCAGGAGGGACCGGAGGAAGCCAGCCAGGCUCUUCCCACGCACAUGCACGCGGGGAGCAAUGUGGGUGGCCGGGGUACUGGUGGCCUCCCUCUCCAAUCCCUAAUAAACCCGGGUGAACCUUGGA